UUUCGACGACGGUCUGCCAGUGCCGCACUAUGAAUCUGGUGGAGAUUUCACGUGCUAUCCGCUGAGUAGUCACCGCGACAAAUAAUAAUUAAAAAUAUCAACYAUACAGUKAUAUUAAAUAAAUAAUAACGACAAAUCGAAUUCCGCCGGCCACACGAUAUCAUCAUAUUAAGUGCAUUUGCUAAAAUAUUAUCGCAAAUAUUAUAUUCCCAGUGCAACAAAUCACAUCAAAAAUGUACGGGCUCUUAUUGGAAAACCUCUCAGAGUAUAUAAAAAAAAUGUAUGGUGAAGACAGAUGGGAAGAGAUACGGCGAAUGGCCAAUGUGGAUCAACCCAGUUUUAGUGUACAUCAAGUCUAUUGUGAAACGCUUAUUCCACGGCUAGCAAAAAAAUCCCAACAAGUACUUGGAAUUACAGAGAAAGAAUUUUUUGAACAAAUGGGAGUUCAUUUUGUCAGUUUUGUUGGCCAAUACGGCUAUGAUCGAGUACUAUCGGUAUUGGGGCGGCACAUGAGAGACUUUCUAAAUGAUUUCUCAUACAGCUCCAACAUGAUUGUUCAAAGCAUUGGAAAUUCAUUGAUGGUCAUUUUACCAGAUCUAGUUGGAAAACGGAUUACUAAUUGGUUUGAUCUUGUUAGACCCUUAAUAGCUUUUAAAUUUCAAACGAUUUUGAAUCGAACGAAUAAUAUUUUUGAGCUUGUUACUGUUCAACCAGUGCUUUCAAAUCGACCAACAGACAGACACGUUAUUCUAAGCGAUGAAUCCUAUUUUUCUCCAGAAGAAAACAARCUUCGAUUAAAAGGGCAAAUGAUUUAUAUGGACAAUUGGCAAAUGAUGAUGUACUUGGGUACGCCCGUGAUGCCUGAUCUCAAUGCAUUAGUAACUACUGGUCUAUACAUUAAUGAUCUCUCAAUGCACGAUUUCAGCAGGGACCUAAUGUUGGCAGGGACACAACAGUCAGUUGAAUUAAAGCUGGCACUAGACCAAGAGCAGUUAAAGUCAAAAAAACUGGAAGAGUCGAUGCGGAAACUAGAUGAAGAAAUGAAGCGUACUGAUGAGCUGCUAUAUCAGAUGAUACCUAAACAAGUGGCCGAUCGACUGMGGUCGGGUGAAAAUCCCAUAGACACAUGCCAAAUGUUUGACAGCGUGUCCAUAUUAUUUUCGGACAUAGUCACGUUUACCGAGAUAUGUAGCAGAAUCACUCCAAUGGAAGUGGUUUCAAUGCUGAACGCCAUGUAUUCUAUAUUCGACACACUAACAGAACGAAACAAAGUUUAUAAGGUUGAAACUAUUGGUGAUGCGUAUAUGGUUGUUUCGGGUGCACCAAUGACUGAAGAUAACCACGCAGAGAAAGUUUGUGAUAUGGCAUUGGAUAUGGUCGAUGCAAUUACAGAUCUAAAAGAUCCAUCGACGGGGUCUCAUUUGCAAAUCCGCGUCGGUGUGCACUCCGGAGCAGUGGUAGCUGGUAUCGUUGGUUUGAAGAUGCCGAGGUACUGUUUGUUCGGUGAUUCAGUCAACACUGCGUCCCGAAUGGAAUCUACAAGCGAAGCUAUGAAAAUUCAUAUAUCACAAACCACCAGGGAUCUAAUUUCGGCAUCGUAUAUGGUUAAAGAACGCGGUGAGAUUUACGUAAAAGGAAAAGGCGCAAUGAAAACAUAUUGGUUGGAACACCGGGAAAGCCGACCUCCAUUAAGUCGGGUGCUGCCACUGGCUAAYUCCGAUGUACCAGAGUUGGAGUGGGAGCGUAGUGCCGAUGCUGUAUUAGACAUUGUGGAACGCAACACAGACAUGAACAUGCAAUUGGCGGAAGACAGGAUUAGAACAUACUCACCGGUAACAUUUCAAGAAGUGGCUAGACACUCGAUAUCGCGUUCACCAGUAAGAGAAUAUUACCGAGAGUCCAGGUCAAACUCAAUAAGCUGCACACCCAUCGUUUCACAGAAAGAGCUGCAACGAUUGACGUGUCUGAAUAGAAGUUCGUCACCGCUGUCACGGUUCACAAGGAAAAUCGAACAGUUACCAAAGCCGGAUUCCACUUCGGCUAUGAUUGCCGUCGUCGCCGUCCAGAGACACAGAUUCGUGAGAAAUGCGGGUGCUGGUCGSGGUGGUACUCAGACAGCUCCGUCAUCACCAGAGGCGCACAAGGAAGAGGAUACGUUGGCCGAGUCAUCGCCGAUACAUCCGGUGGAACUAUCACCAUCGGUAUCAGCGCGAUCACCGUCCCCACCUCCUCCACCACCGCCUCCACCAUCGCCGCCACCACCGACGACGACUAAGUCCAAUCCCGUUUUGGUGCAUGUGGCUGAUUACGUUUCGUCCGAUUGUGUGGACAGCGUUGAUUCGGAUGAUCAGCGAUCACUACACACCAGUGAGAUUGAUCUCGGUGGAUCAGACGUCGAGGGGUCUGACGACCACCCUCAUCCUUUCCCGGAAUCUUCCGAUGACGAUCUACCCCCAGACGAYGAUGACGACGACAAUGACGAUUUAGACCUAUCUUCGGUUGGUCCGACCACUCCACUACCUCCUUUGUCGUCGCCGUCAGCUUCGCUAACCGAUGUUCGAGCGGUGACCACAUCCAAGUCCGACGGGCAGAUAUACGGACGGCGACGUGAUGAACUAGAUGACGAUGCGAGUACGUCUAGCCUUAACAGACAGACCCAGUGUUGCAUUAGAUUCAAAACACAUCCAAAGUCAUCAAGGAAGCGAUCGCAAUCCCAUUCUUGCAAGUUGAUCUAAUCGUAUACGUCACCUGAAUUUAAUCGUGUAUAUAUUUAUAAAUAUAAUAUUCAUAAUAACUGCUUUUCAAUUUACAAGUGCUGUUGUUUUAUAGUUACAAUAUCAUUAUUACGGCCCAAAUUCUGCAAUUUUCUUUUUGUUAUUCAAAUUUAGACUAAUUAUGGUAACCAAGCGGAUUAGUAAAAAUAAAAUAAUCAUAUGUUUUAUCACCACUGAAUAUUACACAAUUUAGCAAAAAUCAUAUUGUAAUUCAAUUAUAAUAUGCAUUUUGAUUGGUGGUUGAAUUAUUUUAUGUUGUUUAUAAAAACGUGUUUAAUUAUUACCACCAAUAAAUUGUCCAAAAUAUUGAAUAAAUGCAAAAUAAAAUUAUCAAAUAUUAUAUCGCAUGAAUGCCAUACCUACGACAGACCAGCCCCUAUUUUACUGUUUAUKUGUAGCACAAAUAAAAAAAGUGUGUGAUAAACAUUCAUAAAUUUAAAUUUGCCAAAUAUUUUCCAAAAUAGCAUGCUCUCUCCAAAUCUUCAAAAUGAA